CGCCCCUCAGCCAGUGAAAGUCUUGCUUCGAGACACAAAGCAGUUUCCCACCUGACGGCAGACAAACACCAGGAUUAACUGCGACACGGCACUAAAUUCGCCAGGAUGCUCCCGCUGGUCGCUGACCUCUGAACCCUCCGCCAUGAGCGCUGACACGGCCUGCUGCAGGGCUGAGGCAGACUCCGACCAUCACGCCGAGCUGGCCGACAUGGUGGCCGCCAUGAGUGUCGCCACCAGUCGCCUCACCCCUCCCAAUGGCUACAGGUCAGGACCCCAGAGGUCCAACGGCGCCAGCAGAGCCAGGCUGUCCGACAGGAAAAUGUCCCUGCAGGAGCGGAGCAGCCGCAUGUCCCGGCAGCCCACCAUCGAGACCAAGCGUGUGUCCAUCACAGACGCCCAGGACUGCGUCCAACUCAACCAGUAUAAACUGAAGAACGAGAUUGGGAAGGGUUCAUACGGAGUGGUGAGGUUAGCCUAUGAUGAGGACUCUGAACAGUAUUAUGCCAUGAAAGUGGUGUCAAAGAAGAGGCUGCUGAAGCAGUGGGGCUUCCUGAGGCGUUUGCCAAGUUCAGGAGGUGAUCAGUUCCCAAAAGCCAUGAUGCCUCUGGAGAAGGUCUACAAGGAGAUUGCCAUCCUGAAGAAGCUGUGUCACCAUAAUGUUGUCAAGCUGGUGGAGGUACUUGAUGAUCCGGAUGAAGACGGACUCCACAUGGCUUUCGAACUGAUGCCUAAAGGACCAGUGAUGGAAGUUCCCACCGACAGCCCUUUCACCGAGGAGCAGGCUCGCUUUUACUUCAGGGACGUGCUGCUGGGAAUAGAAUACCUGCACUACCACAAGAUCAUCCACCGAGACAUCAAACCUUCCAACCUGCUGCUGGGAGACGACGGACACGUCAAGAUCGCCGACUUCGGCGUCAGCAACGAGUUCGAGGGGACGGACGCUCUUCUGUCCAGCACGGCCGGGACGCCGGCCUUCAUGGCUCCAGAGACCAUGACGGAACACGAGAGCUUCAGUGGGAAGGCGCUAGACGUGUGGGCCAUGGGAGUCACUCUGUACUGCUUUGUCUUCGGGAAGUGUCCUUUUUAUGAUGAGUACAUUGUUUCUCUGCACAACAAGAUCAAGAACAAACCUGUGGAGUUCCCUGAAACGCCGGUCAUAAGCGCGGAGCUCCACAAGCUGAUUCUGACAAUGCUGGAUAAAAACCCAGAAACAAGAAUCACGGUCCCAGAAAUGAAGCUGCAUCCGUGGGUGACAGAGAGCGGCAGGGAUCCUCUCCCGCUGGAGGAGGAGCACUGCUGGGCGGUGGAGGUGACCGAGGAGGAGGUGCAGAACAGCAUCAAACUCAUCCCCAGUCUGUCUGCCGUGAUUCUGGUCAAGUCCAUGCUGAGGAAGCGAUCCUUCAGUAAUCCCUUUGAGUGUCAGGCCAGACGAGCCGAGCGCUCCAUGUCAGCCCCCGGAGGUCUUCUUACUGGCUUAUUGGGGUCUUUGUCCUCGAUACAUCCGUCCCUGAGGUGCGCCAGUGGGGAGGGGAGCAGAGAAGGAGAGCUGGAGGAUCUGUACGAAGACGACGCCUUCACCGAGUCCGCAGACUGAACUCUUGACUCUCCCUUUGCUUUGCAUGCAGAUAGUGGAUCACUAGUGAAGAACUUUCAUUAGCUGUAAUGUCGUUUCAAAUGUAAAUAUACGGUAAACAUAAUUUUUCUACAGUAAAAGGGAAUAAAUCAAAUGCGUGUUUGAGUCAC